UUGGAAAUACGAUAAAAGCGUUCUUAAUUAUAUUAUUGAUCAGAGCAGGGAUUAAAGCAUUUGCUAGAUUCUUGUGUCAUCUAGCUGUUGCUUCUCAUUCAUCAUUACUUACUAUGUCAUCAUUGAUUUACUAUUGAAAAAAGAAUUAAAAAAAAAAAAUUGUUUUCCGAAGUCAAUCAAACAGCCAUCGAGAAUUGGAUGGAUGUUAAAUUUGAAUUUGCGCUAACACUUGCUAAUUUGCAGAGGUUGACCAGGUUGCAAGGAAACUUUGGUCUCAGUAGCCUUCUGAACUUUUGGAUCCGCCGACACUUUAUUCCCACGUCAUUAUGUGUUUCUGAGAGUUACUUCAAAAAGGAGACAUCCAUCUAUAAAGUUAUUGAGGCUAAGUUUGGAAAGAAUAUGGACAGGAGGGAAAAGAUAGACAAAAGAAACCAAAGCUACAAACGUUAAUUAUAUGAUCCAAUGUCUCCUCAGCACCAAGCCUGACUAAGUGGGGCAAAACCAAAUAGAAAAGAAGACAAAAGCCAUGUUUUGUAGGUUCUCAACCAGACAGCCAUAGCCCUGAAAAGUUAUGGAAGAUAGAGAAGAAGCAGCAGAACUAACAGCUACUACCCAAAAGCCAGGUGAAUCAAGUCCCACAAGAAUCAACAGAAAUGAAUCAACAGCAAAUGAAAAUCCUGCAAGAGGGUGGCUGAAUUUGAGCUUGGGUGGGAAUUUGCAGCCCUGCAAUGGCACAGAUGAUUCUGAUUCCCAGCCAUUGAUGAACAAGCCAAGCAGCAGUUCAGCUGCUGCAACUGCCAAGAUGUUUUCAUGUAACUACUGUAUGAGGAAAUUCUACAGCUCACAAGCAUUGGGAGGCCACCAAAAUGCCCACAAAAGGGAGAGGGGAGCAGCAAGAAGAUACCAAUUUCAAAAAAUAAUGGCGAUGAUGGGUCUGCCUCCAUUAAUGAAUAAUGCUGCUAAUUUUAUGGUUCGAUCUUUGGGUGUAAGGCCUCAUUCCCUUCUUCUGCAGAGACCAAACAGAGAACCCCUUGGCCAUGGAGGAUCUUCUGCAACUGUCGCAAGGUUCUACGGCGCCGCCACCUCCGCCUCCGCCUCCGCCGCUGCCGCCUGCACUUUGGAGGAUGAUUUCAUGGACAUAACUUGGCCUGGAAGCUUCCGAUUGAACACACAACAGCAAACAGAGCCACCGAUGAGCGAACCGCUGAAGCUUGAUUUGAAUUUAAAGCUUUAGUAAUUGGGCGUUAAUAUCAACAUAGUUUAGUGGUUAAGGCAGGUUGUAAGUUUGAAUUUUGACCUUCCUAUUUGUAAUGUAAAAUGUAAUAUAUAAUUUAUAAGAGGUUUUAUUUUUAUUAUCGUCA